AUGACUGCACAGCACAGCAUCUUCUGCCUGGACCUGGCCCGAGACUAUUACAUGGUUGAUUUGGUCCAUACUCUUCCAAAUGGUAACAAUGCCCAUUGCUGCUCCUUCUCCUUCGUCCGACAGAAUUACCGGAAGGAACUGCUGGAAAAGGAGACGGUUCUGAGUUCGUUUGAGGAUGAAACACAGCAAAAGUGGAAUGGUGCUACCGAAGUUGAGGACACACUAACUGGGAAGAAAUCUUAUUCCAAGAGAAGUCAUCGGCCGAUCGCCGUGGAGCGUUUUCUGUAUGGCAUUACCCCGGUAUUUGAAAAUGGAAACAAAACUGUUGGUGUUUAUGAAGGGUUGAAGAAAGAGCCACGUGGCAUGAUGAGGGGGAUGGCAGACCGGAUUUCUGAUAAUUGUAACAAGGAUCAAAACAGUAACGACUGUAACAAGCCGAAUGGCUGCCACGUUGAAGUCGAUGAUUAUGAGUAUAAAAUGGCAAAUCCGACUUUGGCCGGGGAAGAUGUGGUUGUGGCCAGGCGACCAUCAAGAAAAGUGAGGGGAGAAUCAUCGACGGAAAUCGAUGACACGACAGUUGGCCUGAUGUUGUCGUCUUCGGUGGAAAAGUGGCGUGAUGUCGUCGCCGGUGAAAGGAAACUCGAUGACAAUGGCAGCGGCAGCGAUGAAAGAGACUUAACCAUGCCGGGCAGAUUCAAAAGAAAAUUACUCUCCAUUGAGGGUGAGCAGCAGUCGGGUGAAGAAGUGGGGGUCAGUGAGGGCGAAGUUGAAUCAGCGUUUGAUUAUGACACUGAUAAGAGCCAUCAAAGUUUACGCUCAGGUUUGGGAGGAUUGGAGCAUUUUGUUGAAGGGAACGGAGACGGCGAUUACCUGUGGCACCAGGGCGUUUCCGGUGGCGAUGACGGCACUUCCGGGCAAACCGAUUCUUCUGAUCCCGCUGAUUCUUAUAAUAUGCGAAGAAAUGUGGAGCAGGAAAUGGAUCGGCACACUGUCAGUCAUGUGUUUGAUGAUGGCAACCGGAAGCGGAAGAGCAGUGAGUCUGGCUGGAAUGAUAAGAAAAUUUCCGUGAGCCUGAAUUCCGAUAAGCAGACCAUUUACCACCAACAUUAUGAACAUCAAUCGAAUGCGGUUUGCGAUUGUGCGCAACAGUGUUCGAAAGUAGAGAAGAGCGAAGAUGAGACAGCAAUGGAAAUGGCUGAUGUUAGUCCGACUGAAGAUGAGGAAAUUAAAACGGAUCAAGACAAUGAAGUUCCAGAAUCAACAGAUGAUCAAUCACAGGAAGACGAGUUGCAAGUGGAAACAACAACAACCGAACAAUCGGAGGCAGAACAUGACGAGCAGCCAAGUGCUAACCGGAAAGAGGUCUACAUAGAUUUAAAAAUUGGAUUUAAGAAUGUUAAUACCAGUCUAGAUCAACAAGAGGAUCCCAUCGAAUUCCACAAGAAAAUAGUAAUAAAACGGAGAAGUAAUCCAAUUGACCCAAUUCAAGAGGCAUCCUUUUCGCCACCGUUUCCCGUUGAUUUGAUUGAGGCCAUCUAUCAAUUAGUGGACCAGAAUGACGAUCUCCGGAGACACGUGGCCCCCCGGCUGCAGGACCGGUCCAAGGUGCUGUCCAAGGUGGCGGAGCUGAAUCAGAGGCGGAAGAUUAAUGACCGGUGGCCCUCGCUGACAGGUGACGAUACCCGGAAGGCUGUUCAGGCUGUUGGGCCGCCCAAUGAAGAGCCCGUAAGUAGUUUGGCUGAAAGUGCUGAAACUCAAGCUACAUAAUUCAAAGGAUAAAGCUGAAUAGAUGAAUUAAAAGUUUGGAACCGG